UCCGCAUCAAUACUAAACAAAGAGACAACUCGUGAUUUACAUUCUGCCGACGCGUGAUCGCUGUGCUUAAAAUACACUCUCGACGUCCAACAGGUAUGUUAACGAAAGUCAUGAGAUAGAGAACAACGUGAGUGGCUGGAUUAUCGCUGAAAACACACCGAUUACACUAUUGCUGAUAAAUCUGUCGUCAAAAUCGCUUAGCGUUUCGUUAAGUUUGAAUUGUAGCAAAGACCUUUUCGCAAGCAACAAUGCAUACCAUCUUUGCUUUCCUCGUUAUAACGAGCGGUUUCAUCGCGAAGAUGUCUGCCAUCAACCUAAGAGACGAAUUACCAAAUCUCCACACAUGUCCAAAAUUGAGUCUCCAAACAUGCUUACCGCAAAGUCUGGAAUCGAUGAAGCCUUACUUAAUGCAGGGUGUUUCACGUUUGAAUAUCUCCUCUUUUGAGCCAUAUUAUGUGAAGUUUCAAAAAAUAGACUUUCAAAACCGGUUUGUUCGUCUGAUGAAGUGUAGAGAUACACUUGUCAAUGGUAUAACAAAUUUCACGAUAAGGGAAGUCAAUGUUUCAGACAAGAAUGAUUAUAUUCAGUUUCUCGCGUACUUUCCAUUCGUCAAUGUAUUUACUAAGCUCGACCCAUACGCCUUGAUCGGGUCUACGUUUAUUAAAAGUAGUAGAUACGACUUAAGUAGCAAUAUUACGAACGUCACUGCUGAAAUUAUUAUACAAGGCGCGAAUUUUGAGGACGGAGAAAACAAAAUGCAAUAUUUCUCCGUGGAUAACGUCACCGUGGUAUUCAGAAAUAUUGGAGAGGUGUUCACUAAAAAAGAACAAAAAGGUAGAGGUAGCAGUAGUCUAACUCAAGUAGCAAAUGAUUAUUUUCUAAGAGAGUGGGAAUCAUUGACUUCAGAAUUAAACCAUUACCUCGAAGACGUUGUAGCUGAAAUGAUCCAAAUCAUCUCGACUAAGAUCUAUAUGCAUUUCCCAAUUGACGUGUUAAUGACUCGCUAAACCAUUCUGUUGUUUUCUGUUGAUUUUAUCGUCGUGACGAGGAAACUAAUUAUUUUAUAGUGAAUGUUACUCGUUUGCACAAUGAGUUAUGUACUAGCUAUUUAUUAUAUUGUGUCGAAAAUUAUUUAUUAUUUUAUUAGGAAAAUUAAGUAUACUCUGCUUUGGAAAAUGGCUUUUUUUCUCCGAUCGAGUUUUGUACACAUCAAAUGCGAACGAGUGCUCACAGGUUUAUAGUUAUGAUAGAAUUCACAUGAUAAUACACGGUACACGGUACACGGUACACGGCAUAGUGUCUCUUUAUUGUUCUUUCAUUCGAUGGAUAAAAGUACGAUAAAAAUACCUAUACGUUGUUCACAAUUUCUUCGCUAAAUUUGCAACGUUAAAUUUCUCGUAUACUAUCAUUUCAGCUUUUAUCAUAACCGAUCAAGCCCGCGAAUUGUCGCUCGCAAUCGUGACCAUUUUAUGCUGCUAAUCUUAUCUCAAGUAAUAUAUA